AUGUCAUCCAACAUGAAUAUCGAAACUACAGACGUCGUCGUAUGCGGCUGUGGGCCAACAGGUGCCAUGCUAUCGGUCCUCCUUGACAAACACGGCGUGCGCAAUAUAGUUCUCGAACGGGAAGAAAGCAUCAAUACCGACCCACGUGGAAUCGCUUUGGAUGAAGAUGGAAUCCGUUGCUUGCAGGCCUGUGGUAUCUACGACAAGGUAUUUACCGAUAUUGGAAAAUGUAUGGGCAAGUUUGAAUUCAUAAGCGGCGUACAUUAUGAGCUUGAUAGGAAGCCUUUUAUGGUUAUGGAUUAUAACACGACCGAAGGAGGAACAGGACAUCCGGGUUUUCUAUGCCACAAACAACCGUAUAUAGAGCAACAUCUUCGAUCGAAGAUUGAUAAAUCGUCGCAUUCCCAGCUACAACUAGGCGCCACAGUAGCGUCUAUCCGGGAAGAUGUAGACUGGACCUACAUAACCUAUACCUCCUCCAGCGGAGAUGAAAAGCAGAUCCGCAGCAAGUUCCUCGUCGGCGCGGAUGGAAAAACGGGUUUCACACGGAAAAAGUAUCUCGAGGCAAAAGGUAUCGAAUUAAAGCACGUCUCAGAGGAAAGCUACGAGGAGGUUUGGGUAGCUCUCAACUGGAAGAUAUCGCUGCCUACUCCCCAGACGCAUCCCGACUUUGCGUUAUGGGCAAAAGGAUUUACGCCACAACAGGUCUACGAUGCGUACUUCCCCACCGACUUUAGAUUCCUGUGUAAUCCCCAACGAGCUGCGGUAUGCGGUCGUUUCGGCCUCGCAUCAGAUCGACUGUGGCGUUUUGAAUUCGUAGUCUCGGAGGGCGAAGAUGGCGAGGUCAUGUCCGGUACGGAGAAGAUCUGCCAAGUUGUCCACCCAUACAUUACGCAUCCUGGGAGCAAAUAUGGCAUCAAGCAGAAAGUCGUCCAGUAUCCGCUUGAUUGUAUUGAGGUUCUGCGUUGCCGCCCCUUCUCCUUCUCAGCACGAAGUUGUAAUAAAUGGUCCGUCGACCGUGUUGUCCUCGUCGGCGAUGCUGCACACGUCUUUCCUCCCUUUGGUGGCCAGGGCAUAGCAUCAGGUUUCCGAGACGCCAUCUCGCUCGCCUGGCGUCUUGCUCUUCUGACUCAACACCCCCAUCCUCAUCCCGCUCCCAAUCUCAACCACCAAAAGUUGCUAGAAGGUUGGUACGUCGAAAGAAAACAACAACUCGACCGCUCUCUUGCAUCUACAGUCGAAAACGGAACUUAUGUCUGUGAAUCCAAUACCUGGAAGAUUUUCGUGCGGGACUGGUAUCUCUGGGCAGUGCAAUUCAGUCCGGAAUGGAAAAGGUGGCUUGAGCAGGGGAAUCGAAGAGAAGGGUUGACAAGGUACGAGUGGCGGGAUGGAGGGAACAUGGCCUUCUUGCCAGGUGUAGGUGGGGGAGGGGCGAAUUUUCCUCAGGUCUACUGCGUUGGAGUGGGUGGAAGGGAAGGCGAAAGGGAGGUACGGUUUACGGACGAUGUUAUCUUCGACGAAGGGAGGGAAGGCUUGUUUCGACUUGUCGUUUUUGUCGACUCGGUACUGGAUGUCCAAGCUGUUCGACGAGUACUCUCGGGCAUAAACGAGAUUUCAGCUGGCGUGCUAAAAACAGCCGAAACGACGUUCAUCGUAAAGACUACAGAAACACCUCCGGAAAGCGUAGGCGAGCAUCAUUCCGACGUCUACCGAUUAUCAACAGCCCAGGAAUUUGCAGCUUCUCCUCUUUGCGCAGGACGUCCAGAGCCACAGUACUACGAGCCGCAUCGUAUAUGGCGGGAGUCGGCUGGCAAGCAGUUCAUUAUUCUCCGGCCUGAUCGAUUCGUUUUUGCUGCUUGUAGGGAUGUGGAUGAACUGCGUGGAGUUGCAGCUAAGUUGGCGUACUUGGCGUCUGAAGGAUGGCUUGGGUCGGAUGGGGAUAAAGAUACAUGA